AUGUCGAACGCCAUAAACGAAGGUCUGUUCUUGAUAAAAGACGUGAAGCCUGGAUCGAAAAAUUUAAAUAUCGUAUUCAUUGUUUUGGAAAUAGGUAAGUUGGUGGAGGUAACAAUGUCGUGUUUCUCGUGUCAUGUCAACCGAGAUUCGUUACCGUUUUCUUAAAGGGCCAGAUGAACAAUUGAGUCGAUUGUGCAACUUGAGUGCAAACAUCUAAUCGUGAGGUUUUUUUAAAUGCCUCUGCAAGUAUUGCAUACAAUUGCCUUUUUAUUUUUUUGUGCUUUUGCUUUGCACGUGUCAUGUUCUGACAGGGUGCCAUAUUACACCUAUGAGGACUUGGUCACCCACCACAAAGGCUAUGUAGAAGAGCUAUGUUUAUUGAAUUGCAUUGCUAUAGGGAUAACUUCACUUGAUCUUGUGUUAGGACGGGUCACCAAGACGAAGGAUGGUCAUGAGGUGCGCUCCUGCAAGGUGGCAGACAAGAGUGGAAGCAUCGCCAUCUCUGUGUGGGACGAGCUGGGAAGCCUCAUUCAGCCUGGGGACAUUAUCCGGCUGACCAGAGGGUAUUGAUUCCCCCCUUCAAUGAAGCCUUACUGCAGUGAUUCUCAUCUCUGGCAUUGGCUACCCCCAAGGUUGCACAUUUUGGUUCUAGCCAAGCACAAUAACAUCUGAUUUAAUUACUCAUUAAGCCAUUUGAUUAGUUAAAUCAGGUGUGCUUUUACUGGACUAGAACAGAAAUGCAACAUUGUCAGAACCCGAGAAUUGGAGAUGAGAAACACUGCAUAACAGGUAGAGGCGUUGACUGAUAUGAGCAGUUAGUAUAUGGAGGAUGCACUCCCCUGACCACCUGCACAGGCUUACCAUUGAUUCUGUUAUGACAAUAAUAUUUGAAAGGUGAAUAGAAGUAUGGCAAAAUGUGUGUUAGUAAAAAAACAAUGCUCAUGAAAACCCAUGAGCUAUUUUCCCCUCUGGAAUAUAAUUCAAAUUCAUUUUUCUGAAAUGAGUAGAAAUGGAACCGAGCCCAACCCCAGUACUUUGUUAGGUAGAUGCAGUAUCUUGGCUUAUCUCGACUUUCCUCCGUCUCUACAGCUACGCCUCCAUGUGGAAGGGCUGCCUGACCCUGUACACUGGAAGAGGUGGAGACCUGCAGAAGAUCGGAGAGUGAGUACAGUCUAUUUAUACCACCAGGAACUUCCUGUACUUCACGGGAAUUCAGCUGGCCACUUGCCACCCUCUUUCUGAUUAAUGGUGCAUAAAAGCAGAGAACACUAGAAGUGAAAACUAAGUGGUUAGGGUAGUAUUGAUGACUCAUGUUGAAAAAGUGGUAGUGUAGGAGUCUCAUACCAAGAAAAGCAGAAAAUACCAACAAUGCUAUCAUGGUAUGGGUAGCAUUCAACAGGCCUGAAAUUUGAAGCAAUUUUUAUUUUUAAAGAAAAUGUAUCUUAACUCGUCCAAUAAGAAUGCUUGUUUUUCAAAAAUAUUGUCUGAAAAACGUACUGAUGUGCAACCCCACUGCCCCUCCACUAUUGUCAACAUGUCUUGUUCUAUCAAACAAAACAUGUCUGUCUGUUCUUACGUCUAUCUACAGUAGUUGAGCAACAGAGGAAUCACAUUUAGUUAUAGAAUACACAAGGUUAUAUUGCUUUGAAAUAGGGUUGGCGAUAUUACGAUAGCAUCGUCUGAUGAUGACGACAUCGUAAUGUGACGGAAGAUGGUUUAGUGUAUUUGACUUGAGUCACGCAGUACAUUUUUGUCUUGCAGGGCAGCACCAAGUGACAUUCUGAGUAAUUGCCUAUUCCUAUUUGCAAUAGCCUAUUUCAAUAAAUGUUAUAUAGCCUGCAGAAUAUAAAAGGAAUGUAGUCCAGAUGGAACAGAGAAUUCCACCAAAUCAGCGCAGAAUGUCCAGUUUUAUAACGCACUCUUUAACUAUCUUGUGUCUAGCUGUUUAAAAAAACAUAGCCUAUAUUCCAUUCUCUCUCCAUUCGAUAGGCUAUGAAUAUGACUGAAGGCUACGCUUCAUCGUUUUAUGCAUGGCUUUCUCCCGAUCAAACAAUGAAUGUAACGGAGUUUCAUCUUAAAGUUUUUUGAAUAGCCUAAAAACGUAAGGUAGGACUAAUAACAAGAAAACAAACCAUAUCAAUAGCCUAUUGAAAAAGCUAAUGACCAGUUUAAUGAAGUUUAACCUUAUUAUGAAAUAAAUUAUCCAUGCGAGGUUGAAACUACAUUGGCCAAUUACUUAUCCUCCUACUAGGCCUAUUAUAAAAGCUUGAAGACAAGUUUAAGUUAUGAACAGUAGCUUAUUUCCCAAGUAUUGUAGCCUACGAAAGUGUUGUCCUAAAGUUGUUGUGGCUUUCAAAAAUAACAAGAAUUAAAGUCUGUAACCUAAGCCUAGGCAUAGGCUAUUCUCAAGCACAGCUUUGGGAUGGAACAAACAAUAUUAUUUAUAUUUUGAGGCAAAUAAACAAUUAUUAUCCAGUUCUGAAGACUGUUGACUACUUCUGUCCCGCUCAUGAUGUAGGCCUAAAACCUAGCUCACUACGGUAAGAAAGCCAGUUCUUCGUCAGUCACUGCUCCAUCAUGUGCACGCCACAGACACACAAAACUGUUCUGCUCCUCCACCAAAAAGGAACAUUAGAAAAUAUGUGCCAUUGCCUGCACUGCCCAUGCUUUCAACCACAUUGACUUAUGUCAUGAUUCGUCCAGUUGCAUUAGGUUUCGCAAUAUAGCCCAACUGUCGUUUUAGAAGUUAUUUUCUUCCAACUAAAAAAUAAAUACAUUGAGGGGUGGCCAAUCGGGGCGAUGGCAUCGUAUAUCACAACGUUCUUUUGGGUAUAUAAUCAUGAUAGGACAAAGGUUGAUAUCGCCAAACCCUGCUUUGAAAUAUAGGUUUCAUGUAUACUGAACAAAAAUAUAAACGCAACGUGAUGUGUUGGUUUCAUGAGCUGAAAUAAAAGGUCCCUGAAAUUUUCCAUACGGACAAAAAGCUUAUUUCUCUCCAAUUCUGUGCACAAAUUAGUUUACAUCCCAGUUAGUGAGCAUUUCUCCUUUACCAAGAUAAUCCAGCCACCUGACAGGUGUGGCAUAUUAAGAAGCUGAAUAAACAGCAUGAUCAUUACACAGGUGCACCUUGUGCUGGGGACAAUAAAAGGCCACUCUAAAAUGUGCAGUUUUGUCACACAAUGCCACAGAUGUCUCAAGUUUUGUCCACCAGAGCUGUUGCCAGAGAAUUGAAUGUUAAUUUCUCUACCAUAAGCCGCCUCCAACGUCAUUGUAGAGAAUUUGGCAGUACGUCCAACCGGCCUCACACCGCAGACCACGUGUAACCACGCCAGCCCAGGACCUCCACAUCUGGCUUCUUCACCUGCGGGAUUGUCUGAGACCAGCCACCCGGACAGCUGAUGAAACUGAGGAGUAUUUCUGUCUGUAAUAAAGCCCUUUUGUAGGAAAAAACUCAUUCUGAUUGGCUGGGCCUGGGUCCCCAGUGGGUGGGCCUGGCUACCCAGUGGGUGGGCCUAUGCCCUCCCAGCCCACCCAUGACUGCUCCCCUGCCCAGUCAUGAGAAAUCCAUAGAUUGGGGCCUAAUGAAUUUAAACUGACUGAUUUCCGUAUAUAAACUGUAACUCAGUAAAAUCGUUGAAAUAGUUGCGUUUGUUUUUUGUUCAGAAUAGUUUCAAGCUGGCUACAUAGAUUGUUUUAAUGCUUUUUGGGACAAGUUGAUGCAUGCAACAUUUACUUGAAUGUGCCAGGUUGCGUUUAAAUAUCAAUGACAUGCAUGCAGUACUAACGCACAGGGUUAAUGUUCAUGACAUUCACAUAAUGGAUUCCCUCCCAUAGGUUUUGCAUGGUGUAUUCCGAAGUGCCUAACUUCAGUGAGCCCAACCCAGAUCUGCUAGCCCAGAACAACCAGCAGACCAAGACUGUAAGUACCGCUACCCUAGCCUGGUCCCAGAUCUGUUUGUGCUGUCUUGCCAACUCCUAUGGGCGUUGUUAUGCCAAAAAUGUUGGCUAUCCAGCACAAACAGCUCUGUGACCAGGCUACCGGUACCCCACCUCCAUCCUCUAAACCAGGCGAUACUGGCCCUCAGGGGCUUGUGUGUGCUGGUUCUCUCUUUUACUUGACAUGGAAUUGAUACAGCCAUGUGAGAUUGCUCAAGAGGUUUGGUUAUUUAAAAAUGAAAAGCUGAAAUGUUUUUAUUCAAUAAGUAUUCAACCCCUUUGUCAUGGCAUGCCUAAAUAAGUUCAGGAGUAAAAUAUUUCUUAACAAGUCACAUAAGUUGCAUGGACAUACAUUGUGUGCAAUAAUAGUGUUUUAACAUUAUUUUUGAAUGACUACCUAAUCUCUGUACCCCACACUUAGUGAUCUGUAAUGUCCCUCAGUCGAGCAGUGAAUUUCAAACACAGAUUCUACCAUAUAGACCAGGGAGGUUUUGCAAAGAGUGGCACCUAUUGGGAGAUGGGUAAAAAAAAAAGAAAAUAUAUUGAAUAUCCCUUUGAGCAUGGUGAAAUUAUAAAUUACACUUUAGAUGGUGUAUCAAUACACCCAGUCACCACAAAGAUACAGGCGUCCUUCCUAACUCAGUUGCCAGAGAGGAUGGAAACCGCUCAGGGAUUUCACCAUGAGGCCAAUGGUGAUUUUAAAACAGUUACAGAGUUUAAUGGCUGUGAUAAGACAAAACUGAGGGUGGAUCAACAUUGUAUUUACUCCACAAUACUAACCUAAUUGACAGAGUGAAAACAAGGAAGCCUGUAUAGAAUACAAAUAUUCCAAAACAUGGAUCCUGUUUGCAAUAAGGCACUGAAAUAAAACUGCAAAAAAUGUGGCAAAGAAAUUAACUUUGUCUUGAAUAGAAAGCGUUAUGUUUUGAGGCAAACACAACACAGUACCACUUUUCAUAUUUUCAAGCGUGGUGGCUGCAUCAUGUUAUGGGUAUGCUUGUCAUCGGCAAAGACGAGAGUUUUUUUAUGAUAAAAAUAAACGGAGUAGCGCUAAUCACAGGCAAAAUCCUGGUUAUCUGCUUUCCAACACCCUGGGAGACAAAUUCACCUUUAAGAAGGACAAUAACCUAAAACACAAGGCGAAAUAUACACUGGCGUUGCUUACCAAGACGAUAUUGAAUGUCCCUGAGUGGCCUAGUUACAGUUUUGACUGAAAUUGUCUUGAAAAUCGGUCUAGCAAUUAUCAACAACCAACUUGACAGAGCAUAAAGAAUUGUAAAAAGAAUCAUGUGCAAAUAUUGUACAAUCCAGGUGUGCAAAGCUCUUAGACUUACACAGAAUGACUCAUCACAACACACACCUGAUCCUGAACAGAGGUGAGGUGUCAUGGCAGACUGAACAGAGGUACAGAAUUGCUCAAGAUAAAAACGUAAUAUUCAAUAUCUGUAAGUUUGACUAAAUAUUAGCACUUCACAUACUCGUGGGCAAUAACCUUCAAUCUGGAUAAAACAAAUUAUAAGGCUAGAGAAAUGUAUCAACCAAUACAAUCAACACCCAAACAUGUUGUAGAGUAAGCAUGGAGAACCAUUCCCCAAAAGAAAACGAGACUCCUCGACGGACACAGACGAUUUAUGCUUUUCACCAGCGGGAAUGGAAAGCUGACUUGCUAAAGACGAUAAAUGAUAAACUGGGCAUACUUGAACUAGUCAGUAAAGAUAUAUUAAAGGAGUUGAAAGCUGCGACAAUGGAGAAGGAAACAAACAAGCUAAAAGGUAGUCUAUAACGAUUGAAACGGAUGUUAAAUAACUUAAAGGAGAGCAUGUUUCUGAGAGAAUUCUUACUUGAUUGAGUAGAUCUAAGAGAAAAGCUGGUACUUACUGGUAUCAAAGAAAAAGAGGGUGAAGGUCCUGAGUGUUGUGAAAUAAUUAUUUCUUACAGCGCUACAGGUCACAGGCGAUACUGUCGACAAACUCGAACGUGUACACCAUUUCGGACAGAGAUAUGAGUGCCCAAUCGUUGCCAAAUUUUGCAUUCUUUAAAGAAAAAAUAAUAACUUGCCGGCAUGAAUGAUCAGUUCCUGAAGGAAAUUGCAGAACGGUGUAAAGGUCUGUACCCACUCUUCAAGGUGAAUAGAUUAAAAGGGAAACGUGUAGCUCUCGUAGUCGAUAAACUGUAUAUUGAUAAAUUGUUCCGAGACACCAAGACUACUCCAUGGCUAUUCUAAAUAUUACAAAAUUCCCUAUAGUCAUUGAAUAAUGGAACACCCAAUAUUAUCCAUGGUAGUGGUUGUAAAAAAGGAAAACAAUAAAAUACAACAAUUGAUAAAGUAAACUACAACUACACUAUACCAUUCAAUAUUGUAAAAUAAUUAGUAUUUGACUUUCUAUUUAUAGUAUUUUAUAAAUAAAUAAGACAGCAUUAGAAAGGAUAAUUAUUGAAAUAAUACAUCUUCAAAUAUAAGGAACUGGAACACAAAAGUACUCAAAAGCCUGAAAUUAGGUAGGAGUCAACAUGGUAGGGAUAAAAAUACAGCAGAGGACAUAGAAGGCACAGUAUGUGUGGGUGUAUUGUGAUGGAAGGUGGGGUGUGUUUUUUGUGUUUUGGAGAAGUGUGGAGUUAAGUGAGUGAAGAAGAAAUUGUUGCAAAUGUCAGAGCCCGUGUGUGUCUGCGAGCAGGAGUUGUGACGGAGAGCUUUCAAUUUCGUGCAGAUAUGGGAUAUACAUUUAAAAAAUAAAUUAUAAAUAUAGUUCAUUUAUUGUGCUAUCAUGGUGGAAAGGUCCCCAACCCUAUACCCUAGACACCCACCUGAGUGACCCAUACACUAAGGAGAAGUCCUUAUUGGUUUUAUAGGCCUACUGUAAGUAGCCUAUACGCAGCCAAAACAGAAAGAUUAAUGCGGUCAGAGACUCACUAAAGCGGCACCGCCCCCACAAGACUCUGAGCCUGCCUGGCAGAGUUGGUCCUACAAAGCCCCCGGAUGGGUGAGCAUAAUAUACAAGGAUUUUCUCAAAGCUGCUAAUGAGAACCUUGACCUUGUAUCUAGCCGGUGGGGAUUCCGGUGGGGUGUCCCCACCCAGGUAGUGGCAGUGCUGGCAACACUAGCUGCAGUAACCCAUGGGGAGGGGGUCACACUCGGACAAUAAGCGAGGUGGCACAUUAUUGUCACCCUGGUGGCAGAAAAUAAUCAAAGGUCUGACUGCAAAGAGAUGCUUGGGAAAAUGGUGACAAAAGGGGACCAGCAUGUGUUUCAUGGGAAGGGGGUGUACCUGAUCUCUAACAGCUAGGACUAGACAUUGGUUAAUCAAAUCGUCCCAUUUUGCAAAAUGUUGCAUGCCUUCUCAAACAGCUACAACUGUAUAUGCAUUUGCACAUCAAGUCCUUUCUUGAGUUGGUCUCGGGGAUGGCACAACUGUAGAACAUCUGAGCUUGUGGUUGGUUGUAGGGGAAGGGUGGGGAGUGUGUGUUUUUAUCCCACAUAUGUUGCAAUGGGGUAAAGAUGUUAGGGGCAAUAUAGGAUGAAUCACAAUUGUUUUCUAAAAUGAUAAUUGCUUGCCAAAAAUGUAAUUUUUGUAAUGGCAAUCCUGGUUAUAGGUAACAAUCAUUCGCAUGAACUGCCUACAUUAUUACACAUAUUAUUAGUUAGUUGUGGAAAUUAAGAUACGAAAGCUUUUUUAAUUUGUGUAUAUUUUUUGAAAAUAACUGUAUAUAAUACCACCGAGGUGAGGGCAUUGGAAAUGCUUUUGCCGGUUGAUCUGCUUCUGUUCUGUGGGUGAAGGAUGGGUCCCGGUCUCUCGGAGGGCCCUGGGGGGUGGUCUGCCGGGCACUUGGAUGACAUCCCAACUUGGGAUGGGGAGGUUUUAGCGGGUGGAAUAGUGGAGAACAAUUGGAUGUUUACAUAGUAGCAAUGCAAAUAUCAUCAUACAGUUGAAGUCGGAAGUUUACAUACACUUACAGUGGGGGGAAAAAAGUAUUUAGUCAGCCACCAAUUGUGCAAGUUCUCCCACUUAAAAAGAUGAGAGGCCUGUAAUUUUCAUCAUAGGUACACGUCAACUAUGACAGACAAAAUGAGAAAACAAAAUCCAGAAAAUCACAUUGUAGGAUUUUUAAUGAAUUUAUUUGCAAAUUAUGGUGGAAAAUAAGUAUUUGGUCAAUAACAAAAGUUUCUCAAUACUUUGUUAUAUACCCUUUGUUGGCAAUGACACAGGUCAAACGUUUUCUGUAAGUCUUCACAAGGUUUUCACACACUGUUGCUGGUAUUUUGGCCCAUUCCUCCAUGCAGAUCUCCUCUAGAGCAGUGAUGUUUUGGGGCUGUCGCUGGGCAACACAGACUUUCAACUCCCUCCAAAGAUUUUCUAUGGGGUUGAGAUCUGGAGACUGGCUAGGCCACUCCAGGACCUUGAAAUGCUUCUUACGAAGCCACUCCUUCGUUGCCCGGGCGGUGUGUUUGGGAUCAUUGUCAUGCUGAAAGACCCAACCACGUUUCAUCUUCAAUGCCCUUGCUGAUGGAAGGAGGUUUUCACUCAAAAUCUCACGAUACAUGGCCCCAUUCAUUCUUUCCUUUACACGGAUCAGUCGUCCUGGUCCCUUUGCAGAAAAACUGCCCCAAAGCAUGAUGUUUCCACUCCCAUCCUUCACAGUAGGUAUGGUGUUCUUUGGAUGCAACUCAGCAUUCUUUGUCCUCCAAACACGACGAGUUGAGUUUUUACCAAAAAGUUCUAUUUUGGUUUCAUCUGACCAUAUGACAUUCUCCCAAUCCUCUUCUGGAUCAUCCAAAUGCACUCUAGCAAACUUCAGACGGGCCUGGACAUGUACUGGCUUAAGCAGGGGGACACGUCUGGCACUGCAGGAUUUGAGUCCCUGGCGGCGUAGUGUGUUACUGAUGGUAGGCUUUGUUACUUUGGUCCCAGCUCUCUGCAGGUCAUUCACUAGGUCCCCCCGUGUGGUUCUGGGAUUUUUGCUCACCGUUCUUGUGAUCAUUUUGACCCCACGGGGUGAGAUCUUGCGUUGAGCCCCAGAUCGAGGGAGAUUAUCAGUGGUCUUGUAUGUCUUCCAUUUCCUAAUAAUUGCUCCCACAGUUGAUUUCUUCAAACCAAGCUGCUUACCUAUUGCAGAUUCAGUCUUCCCAGCCUGGUGCAGGUCUACAAUUUUGUUUCUGGUGUCCUUUGACAGCUCUUUGGUCUAGGCCAUAGUGGAGUUUGGAGUGUGACUGUUUGAGGUUGUGGACAGGUGUCUUUUAUACUGAUAACAAGUUCAAACAGGUGCCAUUAAUACAGGUAACGAGUGGAGGACAGAGGAGCCUCUUAAAGAAGAAGUUACAGGUCUGUGAGAGCCAGAAAUCUUGCUUGUUUGUAGGUGACCAAAUACUUAUUUUCCACCAUAAUUUGCAAAUAAAUUCAUAAAAAAUGUGAUUUUCUGGAUUUUUUUUUCUUCUCAAUUUGUCUGUCAUAGUUGACGUGUACCUAUGAUGAUAAAUUACAGGCCUCUCAUCUUUAAGUAGGAGAACUUGCACAAUUGGUGGCUGACUAAAUACUUUUUUCCCCCACUGUAGGGGUUUUUGGCAAGUCGGUUAGGACAUAUACUUUGUGUAUGACAGAAGUAAUUUUUCCAACAAUUGUUUACAGACAGAUUAUUUCACUUAUAAUUCACUAUCACAAUUCCAGUGGGUCAGAAGUUUACACACACUAAGUUGACUGUGCCUUUAAACAGCUUGGAUAGGCUAAUUGACAUCAUUUGAGUCAAUCCCCAGUAUGAAAAUGUAUGCACUAACUGUAAGUCGCUCUGGAUAAGAGCGUCUGCUAAAUGACUUAAAUGUAAAUUGGAGGUGUACCUGUGGAUGUAUUUCAAGGCCUACCUUCAAACUCAGUGCCUCUUUGCUUGACAUCAUGGGAAAAUCAAAAGAAAUAGUAUGCCAGCAUAAACACCAUGGGACCACGCAGCCGUCAUAUCGCUCAGGAAGGAGAAGCGUUCUGUCUCCUAGAGAUGAACGUACUUUGCGAAAAGUGCAAAUCAAUCCCAGAACAACAGCAAAGGACCUUGUGAAGAUACUGGAGGAAACGGGUACAAAAGUAUCUAUAUCCACAGUAAAACAAGUCCUACAUCAACAUAACCUGAAAGGCCGCUCAGCAAGGAAGAAGCCACUGCUCCAAAACCGCCAUAAAGAAGCCAGACUACGGAUUGCAACUGCACAUGGGGACAAAGAUCUUACUUUUUGGAGAAAUGUCCUCUGGUCUGAUGAAACAAAAGUAGAACUGUUUGCCCAUAAUGACCAUCGUUAUGUUUGGAGGAAAAAGGGGGUUGCUUGCAAGCCGAAGAACACCAUCCCAACCGUGAAGGACGGGGGUGGUAGCAUCAUGCUGUGGGGGUGCUUUGCUGCAGGAUGGACUGGUGCACUUCACAAAAUAGAUGGCAUCAUGAGGAAGGAAAAUGAUGUGGAUGUAUUGAAGCAACAUCUCAAGACAUCAGUCAGGAAGUUAAAGCUUGGUCGCAAAUGGGUCUUCCAAAUGGACAAUGACCCCAAGCAUACUUCCAAAGUUGUGGCAAAAUGGCUUAAGGACAACAAAGUAAAGGAUUUGGAGUGGCUAUCACAAAGCCCUGACCUCAAUCCUAUAGAACAUGUGUGGGCAGAACUGAAAAAGUGUGUGCGAGCAAGGAGGCCUACAAACCUGACUGUUACACCAGCUCUGUCAGGCGGAAUGGGCCAAAAUGUACCCUACUUAUUGUGGAAGGCUACCUGAGACGUUUGACCCAAGUUAAACAAUUUAAAGGCAAUGCUACCAAAUACUAAUUGAGUGUCUAAACUUCUGACCCACUGGGAAUGUGAUGAAAGAAAUAAAAGCUGAAAUAAAUCAUUCUCACUUUAUUAUUCUGACAUUUCACAUUCUUAAAAUAAAGUGGUGAUCCUAACUGAUCUAAGACAGGGAAUUUUUACUAGGAUUAAAUGUCAGAGAUUGUGAAAAACAGAGUUUAAAUGCGUUUGGCUAAGGUGUAUUUAAACUUCCGACUUCAACUGUAUAUGGACACACAAUCAUUAUGGUACUUUUUAAUGGUAAGUUUGCAAACAUAUAUUAUGAUAAACAGUAUUCAAACUUGUAUGUCAUUAUGGUAAAAUGAGUAUAGCCAGUUAUAAUCGUAAUGGCUUAGCAGAUAAUAAGAAAAGACGAUCAGUAUUUACCUGGGUAAAAGAGAAGGAAUAUAAUAUCUAUCGUUUUACAGGAAACUCUUUCAACAAUUUUAGAUGAAGUUGGGUGGGAAAAAAGGACUGGGGGGGAACUCAAAAGGGGUGAUGGUAUUAAUUAACAAUUUUAUCCACGUGGUGAGGAUAUUGGAAAUGUAAUCAAAGCCUAUUGAAUGAUAAAUUGUUUCCGCUAGGACAGAAUUUUUAACUGACUUUUUCCAAAAUAACAUGGGUUCAUCAGAUCUCCUUAUUGUAUGGGGCACUUUUAAAUGUGCCUUUUUAAAGGCCAUGCAAUUCAAUACUCCUCUCUAAAACAAAAGCAAUUAAGGUCAAAAGAGUCCAUAUUAACAAAGGAAAUAGGACUAACAGUACAGAUGGCAAUAAAAACAAAAAGAAAUGGAGGAACUUAUUUAAGAAAGAUCACGUGUAAUAUAUUAUUAAAAAAUAAAGCAAACUGGAUGGAAUAUGGGGAAAAACGCACCAAAUUAUUUUUUAAUCCUCAACAUUGAAAUGUUACCAAAAUGAUUUACUGAAACGUAUUACAAAUGACGGAGUCACCGAUGAUUCACCAAAUUAUAUUUUGAAAGAGAAAGCAAAGUACUUUAAGCAUAUGUUUUCGUUUCAGUCUUCUCCAUCUUCGCUAACUGAAGUUAAAACAUUUUUUUUCUUCUAUUAAUAAUGUAAAAUUAACAGCUGUACAGAGACUUGUGAAGGCCAAAUUAGAGGAGGAACUUCUUGAUGCAAUUAAAGCCUUUUAAGUCUGGGAAAACUCCAGUGCUGGAUUGAAUACCAGUUGAGGUAUACCAAACCUUUUUUGACUUACUCAGAGGACUGUUAUUAGCAUGUUUUAACCACUCAUCAGAUACUCAACCAGGUCUGAUUUCAUUAUUACUGAAAUAAGACCCAAGUGGUAAAUAUAAAGAUCCAGUCCAUUAAAAAAAUUGGAGGUCCCUUACACUUCAGUGUUGUGAUGCAAACAUUCUAGCAAAAUGCAUAUAAUUAAAAAGGUAUUGUCAGAUAUUAUUCAUCCUAAUCAAGACAGGUUUUUUUUUACAUGGACGAUACAUUGGAUAUAAUAUCAGACAAGUACAGGAAACAAUAGAACAAUCUGAAAAAUCUGGGAAACCAGGCCUGGUAUUCAUAGCUGACUUUGAACAGGCUUUUGAUAAAGUUCGACUGGGAUUUAUAUACAGUGUGGAGAACAAGUAUUUGAUACACUGCCGAUUUUGCAGGUUUUCCUACUUACAAAGCAUGUAGAGGUCUGUAAUACUUAUGUCAUGCAAUAAAAUGCAAAUUAAUUACUUAAAUCAUACAAUGUGAUUUUCUGGAUUUUUGUUUUAGAUUCCGUCUCUCACAGUUUAAGUGUACCUAUGAUAACAAUUACAGACCUCUACAUGCUUUGUAAGUAGGAAAACCUGCAUAAUUGGCAGUGUAUCAACUACUUGUUCUCCCCACUGUAUAAAUGCCUCGAUAAUUUCAAUUGGAGAAUCUCCUAUACAGUGGGUUAAAGUUGGAAUGUAAAGUAACCCUAGGUGUAAAUAAUGGCUACUUCUCAGAAAGUAUUAAACUAUCAAGAGGAGCAAAACAAGGUUGUCCAGUAUUGGUAUCUAUUUAUGGCCAUCUAAAUGUUAGCUAUUCAAAUCAGAUCCAACAAUAAUAUGAAGGGGCUAGAAAUCCAGGGCUUAAAAACAAAGUUGUCGUUGUACGCUGAUGAUUCAAGUUUUCUUUUAAAUCCACAAUUUGGAUCCCUCCACAGCCUCAUAGAGGAUCUAGAUACUUUUUAUAUACUGCAGUAUUUGUAGUUUAUUUAUUUUAUCAAUUGUUGUAUUUUAUUGUUUUCCUAUUUAUUUAUGUUUUAUUACUAUCCCUACCAUGUAUAGUGUUGGGUGUUCCAUUAUUCGACUCCUCUAUGGGAACUUUGUAGAAUUUAGAAUAGCCGUGGAGUAGUCUUUGUGUCACGGCACAAUUGGUUAUCGAUAUAGAGUUUAUCGACGAUGAGAGCAAUACGUUUCCCUUUUAAUCUAUUCACCUUGAAGAGUGGGUACAGAACUUUGCGCCGUUCUGCAAUUUCCUUCGGGAACUGAUCAUUCAUGCCUGUACUAUAUUACGUAUUGGAUCACAAAAAAAUACAACUUUUACAUUACUGUGUUUACCAAUAAAAGGGUCUGACGGUGAUGUGGAUUUCCCGAAAUAAAUAAAUGAUCUCACUACAAUACAUUUUAAUAAAAGUUAACAAAAAUAGAUAAGAUCUUGCUACCAUAGAAAGGAAAAUGCCUGUCUAGUUGUGAAAAAAAACACCCUGAAUAACUUUUUAGGCAUAUCCCAGUUUACCCAUUUGCUUAUGGCCUUGCUUACACAUAGCGACCUGUUUUUAAAAAAACUAUUCAUAAUAUAAAUAGGUCUGUUUAAUUGUCUGGCUUGCCGUUCCAAAUAAAAAUGAUUUUUUUUAGCUCAUAUAAUAAAAUGUAUAUAUAUUAUAUGAGCUAAAAAAAACAUUUUUAUUUGGAACGGCAAGCCAGACAAUUAAACAGACCUAUUUAUAUUAUGAAUUCGGAGGGCAGAAAUGAUUAAAUAUAAAAGCAUUAUAACUCUCACUAAAGGCUUCAGUAAUACAACAUUUAUACUGAAAUCUGAACUGGUUCUCUAGUAGAAUGGCCUUUUUCUCUUUAUUCAGACUACAACCUCUCUCUUUCGGUUAUUUGAAAAUGAAAUAAUCUCCAAAAUAUGGCCAUGUUUUUUUAAACAAGCCAUAGAAAGUUGGUUGCAAUUUCAGUUUAAUCCACCAGAAAAGACAGAACAAAUAAUACAACACAUUUUAUGGUUAAACUCAAAUAGACUAAUUGAUAAAACUUUAUUUUUUUUGGAAUAAAAAAAAAAAAAAAGUAUAACAUUAGUAAAUUAUAUCAUAAGUAGGACUGGUGGAGUUAUGUCACACACGCAGCUAACAAAAAUAUAUGGAAAUGUCUGCUCUACCCAAAAUUUACAACCAACUAAUUGCAGUAUUACCUAACCUAACAGUAUUAUCCUAACUUAAGUUAGGAACUUGUCUCUCGGCCCUGCAUUAAAGACCAAAAUUGGCUAAAGAAAAAUGUGAUGGAUUAAGAAAAUAUACCAAUUGCAUUUAAGGACCAAAGAAUUGACAGCUGUGCCAUUUUAUAGAUUGCAAAAAUAAUUGAGAGAUUUUCGAUCGACCAAUUCCAUGGCAUAUGGUUUAUAAACGGAUACGCAAAACCUAGAAUUUGUCUAUUUUAAAUGAUUAUACAAAAUUCUUGCAACCAAUAGAACGUUUUGUGUGUAUGGGGGAUACAACCAUCCCAGAUCUGCAGAUUUUGCUGCGAAGAAACAGAAUCAUUAGAUCAUUUGUUUUGGUACUGUCCGUAUGUAGCUUGUUUUUGGUCGCAGGUCCAGGAAUGGCUGAAGAAUUGCAACAUUUACCUAGAACUAACUCUGCAAAUAGUUAGCUGGGUGAUUUUGAAAAGUCCUAGUCAAUCGCUCAAUAAUAUAAUAGUACUUUUAGGAAAAAUGUUUCUUUAUUUGACAAUAUGCAGAAUCUAUGUGAAUAGAAAGGUUCAGAACGUUUAUGAAACAUCACAGAACAGUUGAAAAAUGUAUGGCAAAUACAAAUCAAAACUGGAUGGUCUUCAGCGAUAGAUGGGAGGAGUUGAGGGUAGCUGAAGGAUGGGAUUAAAAACAAACAAAAUGUAACUAUUGUAAAAUACGUUGUGUUCGUAAAAUGUAUAUAGUAUGUAAAGCUGGAAGUAGAAGCCUAAGUGUUGUCCAUUAGUUUACUCCAAUUAGGGUAGGGUUAGGGGAAAAUAAUAAAGGAAAAUAUAUUUUAAAAAUAUACAUAAACACACAGUGCAUUCGGAAAGUAUUCAGACCCCUUGACUUUUUCCACCUUUUUGUUAGGUUACAGCCUUAUUCUAAAAUGGAUUAAGUAGUUUUUCUCAUCAUUCUACACCCAAUACCCCUUAAUGACAAAGUGAAAACAGAAUCUUUUUUUUUUGUGCAAAUGUAUUACAAAUAAAAAACACCUUAUUUACAUAAUUAUUCAGACCCUUUGCUGUGAGACAGAGCUGAGGUGCAUCCUGUUUCCAUUGAUAAUCCUUGAUGAUUGUAGUUCACAUGUGGGGAAUUCAAUUGAUUGGAUGUGAUUUGGAAAGGCGCACACCUGUCUAUAUAAGGUCCCACAGUUGACCGUGCAUGUCAGAGCAAAAACCAAGCCAUGAGGUCGAAGGAAUUGUCCGUAGAGCUCAGAGACAGGAUUGUGUCGAGGCAUAGAUCUGGGAAAGGGUACCAAAAAAUGUCUGCAGCACUGAAGGUCCACAAGAACACAGUGGCCUCCAUCAUUCUUAAAUGGAAGACGUUUGGAACCAUCAGGACUCUUCCUAGAGCUGGCCGCCUGGCCAAACUGAGCAAUCGGGGGACAAGGGCCUUGGUCAGGGAGGUGAACAAGAACCUGAUGGUCACUCUGACAGAGCUCCAGAGUUCCUCUGUGGAGAUGGGAGAACCUUCCAGAAGGACAACCAUCUCUGCAGCACUCACGCCUUUAUGGUAGAGUGGCCAGACGGAAGCCACUCUUCAGUAGAAGGCACAUGACAGCCCGCUUGGAGUUUGCCAAAAGGCCCCUAAAGGACUCAGACCAUGAGAAACAAGAUUGAACUCUUUGGCCUGAAUGCCAAGCGUCAUGUCUGGAGGAAACCUGGCACCAUCCCUAUGGUGAAGCAUGGUGGUGGCAGCAUCAUGCUGUGGGGAUGUUUUUCAGUGGCAGGGACUGGGAGACUAGUCAGGAUCAAGGGAAAGAUGAACGGAGCAAAGUACAGAGAGAUCCUUGAUAACCUGGUCAGGACCUCAGACUGGGGCAAAGUUUCACCUUCCAACAGGACAACUUAGUCAUUAUGAGGUAUUGUGUGUAGAUUGAUCAGGCAAAAAAAAAUAAUUUAAUCCAUGUUAGAAUAAGGCUGUAACGUAACAAAAUGUGGAAAAAGUCAAGGGGUCUGAAUACUUUCCGAAUGCACUGUGUGUGUAUUUACCAAAAAUAUAUGGGGGAUUGGAAAUUAUGCAGACAAUUACAUUGAUGGAAGCUGCAAUAAUAAAGCUGAUCUACACCCCAACCACCCGCCCCCCACACAAAAAUAAAUAAAAAAUGUAACUUGCAGCUGUAAUCGCUGCCAAAGGUUAUUCUAACAUGUUUAAUACUUAUCUAAUCAAGAUACAGUGAGGGUAAAAAUUAUUUGAUCCCCUGCUGAUAUUGUACGUUUGCCCACUGACAAAGAAAUUAUCAGUCUAUCAUUUUAAUGGUAGGUUUAUUUGAACAGUGAGAGACAAUAACAACAAAAAAAUCCAGAAAAACGCAUGUCAAAAAUUUUAAAUUAUUUGCAUUUUAAUGAGGGAAAUAAGUCAAACUUUUUUUUUGUUGCCAAAUGUUAGAAUUUUUCUUCCACUUUGACGUUAGAGUAUUUUGUGUAGAUCGCUGACAAAAAAUGACAAAUCCAUUUUAAUCCCACUUUGUAACACCACAAAAUGUGGAAAAAGUGAAGGGGUGUGAAUACUUUCUAAAGGCACUGUAAAUCAGAUGCUAAGCAAGAACAACAUCAACGGCAGACACUCCCUAGAAAAGGAAAUGCCCAGAGUUUACACACCUAAAAUCAGAUGUUGAUUUGAAAGCAUGAACAAAGAUCAAAUUCAAGUUUCAAAGAACAGGAAUUGCCCAUCUGUGUAUUAGACUCUGCAUGUGUGAUUGUCUUAUUAUUAUUUUUUUGUCUUUAGGGGGUUAGGUAUCCUAUUUAUUUUUUUGGUGUGUGUGUUUUCUAAUGCCCUCCCUACAUCUCCCCUUGCAGGGCAAAUCGGAUCAGAGGGGGAAUUCUCCGCCUAAUCAGAAUUCAGGUACACCUGCUCAGUCAGGUAAGUGAUAACUGGGGUGGCGGGGCAGUUGAUCUAGCCAGGAAAUCCACAAUGAAUCACGCUGUUUAAUUUCACUAAUUUGUUCAUAGUGGCGUAAAACAACUGAAAUCAGUCCGGAUUUCCAGGCUAGUUGAGAUCCAGUCCAGAAACGACCUCUAGCCCCUACCCCCCAGGAUCUGAAAGGUUUCAAUUGGGUAUAAGCAAUAUGGCAAAAACAAAAUCCACCUAACCUAUCAGAGGGUGAGGUAUUUGUUCUGUUUGAGUAGAUUGACCCUUUGUACGCACAACUGUGGCAGAAGCAUUCCUGCUUAUCAAAGCAGAACCUGCAUUGACUACCAUGGGGAGUGGGCGUUUCUAUUCCGCUUUGCACGGCGCUGCGGAAUCGAUGACCGAAGCAAUAAGAAAUGUAACGCUGCUCUGUUUUCUCUGCUUGGGAUUCAUUCUGCUUCAUCCAGUCAACCAGAAAAUGUUGCUUUAAAUUGGCAUGCUUUCAUGUGCAGAAUUGUUUUAGUCGAGAUUGUGUGUACACAGAGUAAACUGGGUGACGGCCCACCACGUGAGCGGGUAAAACCGGUGAAGGCGGGGCACUGUUUUCUGGUAUAUUGUCAACAAAGAAGCCUGAUGGAUUGUUCAGAAACAUGUAUUAAUUCCAUAAAAUGAAGGUACAAAAUAUUCUAACUAGAUUAAAGCUAUAUAUGCGUUUUGCAUUGCUUAUUCCCAUCAAAUCCUAUCUGAUAUACACGCAGUGUCUUAAGGGGCCAGGGAUGUCAAUGUAAAUGGUCAUACUUGAUUUUGAGCUUGUUUUUGCUAGUGCCAAAUUAGGCCACCUACAAGUAACUGCCAAAAUAUAGGAAACCAACUGUGUCUUAACCCUUCUCCUACAAUUUCUGUGGCCCCGUGGAAAUCUAAUUAACAUAAUAAAAACAUCCCCAUCAAAAUCUCUGUUUAGGCUAGAGAUGUUUUUUUUGCAUGGGCUGCGUCUCAAUCCACCACAUCUGCUGAUAUCACCCUUCUGUAUCUGCGGUGAAAGGUGGCAGAGCUAGAGCAGUGUUUGUCAGACUAUAAGACGUCCCAAAAAUCUGUCUUCUCACAAACGUCUAAAGCCUCCAAACGGUUUGGCCUACAAACUGUUAUGACCCCUCUGUGGAAAGAUGAGACUCUCAUGAACAUGAUGGUUUUGCUCUACGACCCCCACAAGUGUCACGGGACUCGUCUGAAGGUGCCCGGUACCAGUUUAAAAAAUGAAUGGAAGUAGAUAUGGAGAUAGUUUAGUGCCUAGAAUAAUGGGUUUAAUACAUGUGUACAUUUUUUUGUUGAGUUUCCUGAUCUUAUAUUUCUAAGAUAUAGUACAGACACUUCAGAACAAACUUCGUUUUUUAUCAUUUUUGAGGGACUAUAGUGAAUCGGUUAUUCAAAGCAUUUCUAUGGGCAAAUAGCAGAAAUGCUAAAUUCAAUGUUUCAUCAAAUACAUGCUUUUUUUUGGGGGAUACCUUAAGGGGUCUUAAAAAUAAAAUAGCUAAAUGAUCCUUGGUAUGACCACCAUAUGUUAGCGUAGUAGAACGUCAGUGUGCUAUGCACAUACCUGUCAGCGCACUAGCUCUGGUCCAGGGCGUUAUGUUAACCACUGUUGCUUGUGCAGCUAGCUAGUACAACACUAGCUGCUCGCUGCCUGCAAGUACAAUGCUCAGGGGUAGGCAACCCUGGCACUUAAUGUUUUGGAUUUAACCAACCUGGAAGACCAGGUGUGUUGAAUUUAGGCAAUCACUGAACUGAACAAUUAGCUGAGUUGGUCAGGUGUGGUGCCUAGUUGGAACAAAAUCCUGCAGUAUCUGCGGCACUCCAAGAACAGGGAUGCCUACCCCUGACCUAGCUUCUAAUUCAAAUUUAAUUUCACUACCCGCUUUUGGUGGCGGUAAUGCGCCAUCCUCUCUGCCACAAUUCGAUAGCUUUUCUCAUCUCCUAUGUCUCACAAUGUCUGUGGCUUGAGAACGUAUCUGCUGGAGUCAGUCUCUGAAAAUAAUGGCCUGCCCAGCAGGCCCUAAGCAUGAUGGGAUGUUAAUUGCUUAAUUAACUCAGGAACCACACCUGUGUGGAAGCACCUGAUUUCAACAUACUUUGUAUCCCUCAUUUACUCUAGUGUUUCCAAUGUUUUGUAAGUUGCAUGUGCACUAUAUGACCAAAAGUAUGUGGACGCCUGCUCGUCGAACAUCUCUUUCCAAAAUCAUGGGCAUUAUUAUGGAGUUGGUCACCCCCUUUGCUGCUAUAACAGCCUCCACUCUUCUGGGAAGGGUUUCCACUAGAUGUUGGAACAUUGCUGCGGGGAUUUGCUUCCAUUCAGCCACGAGUAUUAGAGGUUGGGCACUGAUGUUGGCCGAUUAGGCCUUGCGCGCAGUCGGCGUUCCAAUUCAUCCCAAAGGUGUUCGAUGGGGUUGAGGUCAGGCCUCUGUGCAGGCCAGUCAAGUUCUUCCACACCGAUCUCGACAAAACAUUUCUGUAUGGACCUCGCUUUGAGCACAGGGGCAUUGUCAUGCUGAAACAGGAACGGGCCUUCCCUAAACUGUUGCCACAAAGUUGGAAGCACAGAAUCAUCUAAAAUGUCAUUGUAUGAUGUAGCGUUAAGUUUUCCCUUCACUGGAACUAAGGGGCCUAGCCCGAACCAUGACAAACAGCCCCAGACCAUUAUUCCUCCUCCACCAAACUUUACAGUUUGCACUAUGCAUUCGGGCAGGUAGUGUUCUCCUGACAUCCGCCAAACCCAGAUUCGUCCAUCGGACUGCCAGAUGGUGAAGCGUGAUUCAUCACUCCAGAGAACGCGUUUACACUGCUCCAGAGUCCAAUUCCUCUAUAUAGUGUAUGUUUAACUGGAAUUGUUAGUUUGUGUUUCUGAAUGGCAGUCUCACAUAUCUUUAUUAAAUUGGUGCUACCGUAAUCUAAGCAUAGUAGAAGACUCAUGCAUUUUGUAUGUUUGGUCCAUGGCGGGCGGCCUUUCUAUCCAACUGCUAUCAUGUCAAGUUGUGAUGCUCAUAUCUACGCCAUGUCCAUUCAAAGGAUUAAGAAAGUGGUUGACUGCUAUAUUUAAUUUGAUAAAUGAACUGACACACAAAAAAUGUUUCCCCCUCCUAUGUGACUACACAGUUGAUCAUGACUGCUGUUCUUGGCGUUCUUGCCCAUCCCUUCUCUUCCCACAGGUAACGGUGCCAUGAUACCAUUUGUCAACAACAGUUCUUCCUCCACUCCUCGUGACCCUGUCUUUGGGGGUGUGGGGCGGACUAACGGCCGUUCCCCUGGCAACGCAGCUCCUCCAGUGUCCGUCGUGGGACCUCCCAGUGCCCCCAAGCCUUCGGUCACCAUUAGCAAUGGCAGGGACCCCCGGCGUGCCAAGAGAUGA